CGGCUAUUUCGUACUGAUAACGGUCGAUAAAAACAUUUACGGUAUUUUUACCAAUCUCCGGAUGUCCUGUCURUCUCAAAUACUCGACCAGCCCUUAUUUAGAUAGUGCUGGGAGAGAAGGUGGACUCGCUUGUGCUUUUUGGGUAGAUUAAUGUAAGCACCGAAGAAGCAGAUCAUCAUUACUCACACAAUCCUUCGAGCGUGAAAUCCUUUGACAACUUUCAUUUGUUUUCACGGCAGCUCUUCUAAAAUGUCSACUGACGAUGCUUGGUACAUGGCCGAGAAGCUGCGACAAGUUUUGCAGUCCAAGAACUUCACCAAGGAUGAUUUUGACACGCGAGCUUUGAAACUGUCGCAAGCUUUUUGCCUUCUUUGGCAGGAUAAAGAAACUGGCGAAGUUUCAGGCAGACAGAAACCUGGGAGAGUUUCAAACGCUGCUGUCGUAGCUGUUUUAAUUGAUCUCUUUAUCUUGGGGAAAAUAGAGUUUGAAGUUCUGGUGAAACAGUGGACUUCGAUGAAUAGGAGAAGAGAAAUUAUAUUUGUAAAGGUAUGUGAUACAGUACCAACAGAAACAUUCCUUGAUAAGGCACUGUUCUCCUCCAUGCUAUCCCACCACAAUUCUAAGCCCAAUGAGCCAAAGACUGCUACAGAGUGGAUCAUCCAAGGUUCAGGGCUAUCACCAACAUCUGCCACAGUUGUAUUAGACAGUCUUGUAGAUAAUGGAACUCUGGGAAAAACCUCAGUGAUGUUUUGGAAGAAGUAUCCAACUUUGAAUCAAGAGCCUGAAUUGAACUUAAUUAAAGAAAUAAGAAGAACUUUUCUUGAUGGUCAUGUUGCGGACGGCUACAUGUGGACUUUGAUCAAGCUAUUAUGCUGUGUUGAUAAUUACAAAAAGGAAAUAGGGUCCAUUUUAAGCAGGCACUUUACUUUGGAAGAGCUUGCUAAACCUUUACCAGAAGGUAUUGCAGCUUUAAUACGUGGCGAUGAUGAUCGCUGUGUUGAUGUUUUGAGAGUAAAUGGAGAAUUUCAUGAACUACAAGACCUGGGGGGUGGUGUAAGACAACAAGAUCAUAAGGUACAAGACCAGCAGCAAAUUACAUAUGCAGCACCUGAGGGAGUUAGCUGUGCGGUUCAUGAUGUUGAUUUGAUUGUAAGAGAUGGGUCCAACAGCAGCACUGACGAACCUGAGAACUCACAAUUGUUACAAAGUAAAGACAAAGCUGGUGGUGAUUUUAUGAAGAAAAGUUAAAACACAUUCAAAGUGACAUUGUUACCAUAAUAUGACUGGCCAUAGCCGAGCGUUUAUUACCAAUAUAGUGAAGUAUACACUCAAACACUGAUGGGUUUAAAUUCAUACAUGUAUGUACGCAUACACUAUAGAACCUAAGACUAGAAUACAUAACGUUGAAAUAGCCCUUUUCGCGGUUAAAACAAAGUUGCGCGAGUGACCUGUCGUUAUCAAUCAAAUUGUGGCAGGGUCGAUUGUCCGAUCUUCCCUUUCGAGCUUGUUUAUCUUUUACAAUUUCAGGAAAAUAAUAUUUGUUGUUGAAAAAAAACAUAAUUUUGACAUGACGUGGCACUCUUGUUCAUUUGAGGGCUGCAGCAAAUAUACUGUCCGCUUUGAUUUUAACCGCGAAAAGGUCUAUUGAAUAAUUGUAGCAAGAUUGCUAUGCUUACUCUAACGUAGAGCGGAAUGUAUGAAUGGCAAUAUGUAUGUGUAACGGCAGUAUGGCAUCGUGCCUGGUAGUGAUUUCAAAUAAAAAUAAUGGUUGAUGCACACUUCAUACAGUAGCCACGGAACGGCUUUAAUGAGAGAUGAAAGUCGAGUGUAUAAACAACAAUUUUGACAAUAACUGAGACGGUUCCAUUAAAUUGUGGUAAAUAAAAGGACACCACGGGAAACUAUCACAAAUUUGUUUUUUUUAUCCCAAAAAAUAUUCUACAAUUAGAUAGCAAUCCAAAAAAAAAGAACAAUCUUGUGACCGUGGUUUGUACCUGUAUUUACCACUGCUCUUGGCCAAUCAGGCAUCGAGAAAAUUUACAAUAUUGAUAAAAAUUAUGGCCAAGAACGGCGCUAAUACAUGGAAAUCAUACCCUUGUUAAUUCAUUUUUCCUUGAUUCCUUUCUGAUGCAGUCUAUAUUAAUCUUUAUUAUUUUAAACCUGACAAUGACUGCACAGUUGAAUAUAGUAUUAGAAAAUGAGACAAAAGUCAUAAUUUGAAAGUGCAAUGUUAUAAUGUUUUAGUUCUACCCUCGUUGCUUUUUAGCAGUUGUCUUAGUUAACUAAUAACACCUUGUAAAAGACCAUUACACUAAACCAGAAGCGGGUUGUGCGAAGGCUGAAUAGCGUUAGAUCAAAUAGGACAAUUCCUUCCCUGGAUAAAUCCCAUACAAAAUCUAAGGAGCGGGCAACUUAACCGGUGAAUAACUUUAUUCGCCCUAUUAAAUGCAUCGUUAGAAACUCAAAAAAGUACUUUGAAUGCCAGACAAAACAAGGUUUUUGUGGUGGAUUUAAAGUGUCAUAGGUUUGAAAGUUCAUAGAUUUUAUAUGUGUUGUUUCAUAGUUACUAACUAUUGUUGUUCUUAAUACUGUUUAUACUGGUACAUCGUUAUGAUACGUUUAUAUUGUUAGUCACUGUACUUCUGAUGUGUACACUUUGUAAACAAGACCUUUUGGAUUUUCAAAACAAUAAAAUGACAAAUGAAACGUG